AUGAAGAUCAUAACAAUCCAGGAUACGUUCGAGGACGUCAUCAGAGACUUGGAAGAGUGCAGUGCUAUUCAUGAAAAGUUUUGGAUAGGUGAGAGAACGGAUGAUGGUCCACAAGAACUCACUUACAUAGAAUAUGGUAAGGACAACUUCAAACGUAUGAGUAACAAUGUAUAUCAAUAUAACGAUGAAUACACAUUGGUUACCCCAAAUAGACUUAUAUCAAUUGCAGAAAUUGAAGGAAAGUCCUCUAAUUCUAAAAUAACUUCUAUUGCAAUGUCCUUAUAUCUGGAUUUUGUUUUGAUAGGAACAGAUAAAGGUUCAAUAAUCGUAUACAGUUUGAAAGAGAGAAAAGUUAUUAAUGAAAUUAAAGAAGCUCAUUAUUCGGAUGUAACACAUUUACGGCUCUUUCCUUCGAAUAAGGUGUUCAUAUCAAUUGGUUUAGAUAUGAUAACCAAAAUCUGGGCAGUCGAUGGUGUAGAACCAGUCAGAGUAAUUAGCGAUCAAACAGAUGAGAUAACUGAUGUCAAAUUGGUUGGUUCAAGAGGUCGAAACUUUCUCACGAGCUCAAGGGAUGGUUCGGUAAACUUAUUUGAAUGUGGAACAGGGAGUGUGGUGUAUAAGUUCAAGAGGGUAGGCGACGAUGCUGCAAAUUGUUUCACUAUUGGUUCCAUUUCAGAUGAGGGUGUGAGACAAUCAGCACUAGAAUUCGAGACAGAAGGAAAAUGCUUGUACGUUGGUUAUGCAAGUGGAGUUAUUCAGCAAUUUGAUUUGGUAAAUCAUUCAGCUACCUCGAUGAAAUUCAGAACUAGUUCAAGUGUUGAGUCCAUAGACAUAGUGGAUAAAUACUUGAUCAGUGGUCACGAAAAUGGAGAUAUAAAUAUGUGGGACUUGAAAAGCACUAAGUUGAUUCACACGAGGAACUUUGGCUCGGUUUUAAAGCUCAGAGUUUUGGGAUUUAAAAAAGAGAAGGUUAGCUUGUUGAUUUACGCUGGUCCAGAAUGUUUAUUCAAGCUUACAUUUGAUGAGAAAAUAGAGUAUCUCGUUGGGCUUCCAGAAAUGUUUAAAGUUACGGAUAUUGAUAAGCGUGAGCGAAUGGUGGUUGCUACAGAUUAUUGCAUAGCUAAUUACGUGAUAUGA